CUAAAUAGCAUACGGGCACUUCACACGCCACUUCCGUAGAAAUUUUGUUGCGACUAAAUAUUAAGUCAAAUUAGAAAAUUCGAAAAUGGGAAGAAAAAAGAAGAAGCAGUUAAAGCCAUGGUGUUGGUAUUGCAAUAGAGAGUUUGAUGAUGAGAAGAUCCUGAUUCAGCACCAGAAAGCAAAACAUUUUAAAUGUCACAUAUGUCACAAGAAGCUUUACACAGGACCAGGCUUGUCUAUACAUUGUAUGCAGGUUCACAAAGAGAAAGUAGACAAAGUACCAAAUUCAGUGCCAGGUAGACACAAUAUAGAAAUAGAAAUAUAUGGUAUGGAAGGUAUUCCUGAUGAUGAUCUAAGGGAACAUGAGAGACAAAAACACAAUAAAGCACAAGCAGCUAAAAGUGGAGGUGAAGAGAGUGAUGAGGAAACAAACCAAGGACCCAAGCCUCCAGUGCCUGCAGCCAAUGGCAUUCCUGCACCGCCAGUCCCGACUUCAGUACCAAUGCCCUAUAUGGGCCCUGGAAUGCCUCCUAUGCCUCCACCAAUGGGCAUGGCACAUAUGGGUAUGAGGCCUGGAAUGGGGCCUAUGGGUCCAAUGGGACAUAUGAUGGGUCCAGGUAUGGGUCCAAUGCCACCACGACCGUUUAUGGGAGGUCCAGGCAUGCCAGGACCUGCCGCAGUGCCACCAAUGUCAACAUCCCAAAUGUCAGCACCAUCAAAACCUCUAUUCCCUUCAGCAGCAGCAUCAUCAAGUUCCUCCCCAUCAUCAACAUCCUCAGCACCGACGGCUGGUCCGCCGAAGCCGACAUUCCCAGCAGCUGCCGCCAUCACAUCUUCACCAUCUGCAUCAAAUGGUGCCACAAUUACAGGAGCACCACAGAUAAAGAAACCAGAAUCUAGUUCAGGUUUGACAUCUAAAUUGAUGCACCCUGAUGAAGAUAUCUCCCUGGAGGAGAAAAGGUUAUCUAUGUCAAAGUAUGCCCACUUUGCGGUAAAAGGUUUCACACCUUUGCCACAAAGCAUGGCUGCUCCAACUUCAACCAUGGGUAUGCCGCCCACCUCAGCCAUGGGCAUGGCUCCAAAUCCAGCUAUGGGUAUGGCUCCUAGUAACAUGGGAAUGGGUAUGGGUCCUGGUGCACCAGGGAUGAGACCACCAAUUCCUCCACAAGCAAUGAUGGGUAUGCAGAAUCAGGGAAUGUAUAAUAUGGGUUUCCAAGGAAACAGACCACCAAUGUUCCAAGGACGAUACUGAAAGCAGCCAUUUUGUUGUCUUUGUGAUAAUCGAAAAAGUGCAACCAUUGCUGAUCUAACAUGUGUAAUGCUGUGACAAAAUCACCAGUUAAGUGCAUAGAGCAUUGUGUUUAAAAAUAAAAAUCUGUGUUAAAUGCUUCUAAAACAUAAAAAUGCAAUUCAGCCGAGAGUUGACCCUUAAAGGUGAAAAGGUAAGACUAAAUUCGGCGGACAGAAAUGAAUUCUCUGUGCUUGUGUGUUAAAGGUCUGCGGUAAGUGCAGAAAAAGGCUAUUUUACUUUUAAAUUGUUCAAAUUACAGAUUAUGUAUAUAUGUGUAGUUUAUGUAAAUAUUGAACAGAUCUUUCUGCUUCCAAUGCAAUUGAAAGGUAUGUAAAGUUGAUUGUGUUUUAAAUUAAGUUAUAAAGGUAAAAUUACUGUGUCUAAUUUGAUUUUCAUGAGGAACAUUUUAGUUGAAAUAGUAUAAAUAAGUGUUGUGAAAAUACUUCCAUAAUUUUGAAUAGAAGAUAAAAUUCUAAGGAAUAUAUAACUUGAAUGAAAGGAAAAAUGAAACAUAAUAAAAAAAAUUAAUGGAAUGGCUGAUUUCAAUAAGGAAGAUUGUAGUGUGGCUUCUGAUUGGAAGACUGGGAACUUGGCCGCUUAACACAGGCAGGUCGUCACAGCAAUAGACUUUAGUUGCUGUUGGGCAAAUUUAAAACGCCCCCAACUUUUGUUGGCGACUCUUUUUGUUUAGUUUUAAUAUGUGAAGUUAAUUUAACUAACUAUAUUUGUUCAGUUGCAAGGAAUUAAGUGGAAGCAGAACCAAGGCAAGUCAUGUCACAGUAACAUUCUGUGUUACUGUUGGGCCGUUCAGAGAUGCUAGUAUACAACCUAGGCAACAGAUGUAUUUACAAACAUACUUUUAGAAAACUUAAGAAAUGUCAGAUAUUCAUAUGACCAAAUUUUAGCAGAAUAUAAAAACACACUAAUUAUGUUCGGUUUUAUCUACGGGUAUUGUACUUCUUUUCACACGGAAAUACUUAAAAUCAAGGUAAUGAUUUCGAAAUAUUUUGAUAAGAUUUGAAAAUGUGAAAUUAGUUCAAAUUAAUCCCACACAAGUAUUUCUUGAGUUGACAGUAUUUCGCUGCAAUAUCAUACUUUGAAACAAGAUAUUGAUAAUCCUUAAAACAGUAUAUUACAUUGAUUCAGUUUCAAAAUAUUAGCAUUUCUGGCGUUUGGUCCCCAACUAAAGUUGGUGACUUGUUUUAGUAAAUUUUUAAGCUCAUCUUACAUGUUUUAUAGAAGGCUGUCACUGCAGAGAUCUCAAGAGUUGAAAGGCAAGUCGUCACAGGAGGUCCAGUACCUGCUGUUGGGUCUUGUUGGCCCCCAACAUUGUGUUGGUGACUUGUGACUUAUUUUCAUCGUUUUAAAAGUAAAAUGAAAUUUAAAAAAAAAGUUCACUUUGUAAAUUAUUGAGAAGUUAGAAAAUCCUGAAAAUGCAGGCAAGUUGUCACAGCAAAUUGCUGUUGGGCCUUUUUGCCCCCAACAUGAUAGUCUGUAUUAUGUUGGUGACUACCUUUGUUUUUACUUCAUGCUUAUGCAUCAGCUUUUAUAAAUGUAUAUAAUUGUUACUACUCAGUAUUUCUUAAUAAUUAAGUAGCAACAUUUGAAGACAUCUUUAUCACAGUAAAAUAUUACAUGCAUAUUAUGAAGAUCAAUUAUAUUUAAAUUUAUUUUUCACAAAAAAAUGAUAGUUCUGUAGGUGUUCAUGCUAUGAAAUUAUAUGAAAUGUAUAGCCUUGUGUGAAAUUGAUUUGAAAACUUGCAUCAGGGGCAUUUGUUUUCUUUUAACAGUGAAAUUUGAAGAUGAAGUAGUCAACAGUUUAAAUCAAGGGUAGGUGAAUAAAUGUACUUAAGAGUAGUAAUUUGAAGUAGGAAUUUAUUGAUUAUGAAAAUAAUGCUUGCAUGCAGCUUUGGUAGGAAGAAAGAUUAAAGAUAUCAUUUUACAAAAGAUCUUCAUGAUAGUUUGACAAAUCGUCAGUUCCCUCCACCACCACAAGUUAUGCUUAGUAAGAAAGUUCUCAGAUAUGUUGCUACUGGUUAGAAGCUCAGAUGAACUAUUGUGACUCUGUAAUGUUAAGUAAGCUGAAAUUACUAUGAAUUAAGAUAGUGGAUCCGUAAUGUCAGUUGGCAGAUCCUGUGAGAAUGCAUGUUCUAGUAUGCCAUUUCAGCAUUCUGGUCUGGUAAUGUAGCUCAUUAUGGGCACAAAGCAUCUGUAUCAGCUAGGAAAGUUGAAAUUGCAGAAUGCAUAAUCGAAUGGAAAUUGAUGACUGUUAUUAAGGAUCCACUACCUAAAACGUUUUUAUAGAGGCAGUCACAAUAUCCUGAAGAUUUUUCAUACUUUUCUGAAUACUGAGACAAUUAGGCAGUAUUAUAUGGAAGACAAUGGUUUUUCACAUCUAAAUAUUAUGUAACUAAAUGAAAAAUCUGAAGGCAUUGUUGGAUUUUAAACCCCCAACAUCAAGUUGGCGACUGCAAUGAUUUAUAUAAGUGUAAUAACCUGACUUUGGGCAUUUUUAAACAAUGUUUAAAUGAUGCAAUGACGCAUUAGUUCGUACUAAAUUGUGUCCCUUUAAAAUAUUAAUGUGCCUUUGCAACAUCAGUAUGGUCAGAAAGUGCAGUGCAGCAAUCGUGCAGUUAUUGCCAUUUCUUGUUACGAUUGACUGCUGGAUUAGCUCAGUGUGUUAAGCAAAAUUGAGAGGUUGCAAGUUUGGCCACAUGGGGCUAGAAAAUGCCAGUAGGAUUUGACAGCAGAAAUCUGGUCAUUUAUCCUCCACUUGUGACCUAUGCAAGGAAGUUUACAAGGCAGCCAUAUGUUGGAAUCUGGUAUAAUCUGUUACCAAAAAUGUUGGUUAGAAAUAUUACAAGAUGAAAUAAUUUUAACAAUUAUCCAUGUGCAUCAGAUAUAUUGAUAAAGAAAAAUAUUAGAAAAUUUGCUUAGAUUGUGAUACAUAUAUACAAAGUGAAAUCAGUUGCCUGCUGAUGAAGAAAGAUUUAGGUCUGAUGAAUUUUCUAGACCAUAGUCUUGCAAAAGGUUUCCAACAGUUUUUGGCACAUUGAGAAAAUUUAGAUUUCUGUACAUUUUCCUGUUGAGAUAUUCUAUUACAGCAGUACACUUGGAUUAGAACUGACUUAUGAAUGAAGGCAAAAGUUCACAAAGAAUAUGACAAAACGGAUAUGAAAAUGAUAUUCAGAAAUGCAGAUUUCUCACUUUUGAUACAAAUUCAGUUUAAACCUCUUGAUUUUGCAGCAUGUCAUUAAUGUUAAUGUAUUUGCAGAGGAAAACUUUUAAAGAAAUGUCUUAUGUUCUCAUACAAGCAACCAAAAAAUUUGUAUGUACUUGAUGAAUUACUUUCUCAAGUUUUAGAUAUUCCAGUAUCGUGUAAACAUAGAACUUUAGUCCACAGGUACACUACACCCAGGAACAGGAUGUUGUACAGCAGCCAUUUGGGGUCUCAGAUCUUGUUUAUAUGAAACAUUGUACAAACUAAAUUGUGAACUGUAUACACAGUAAUAUAAAGUUAUGAUUACACCUUGUAAUAUGUGAUAGUUUUGUGUGACAUUUAAGGUAAUAAACACUGUGCUAAAUAUGUUCUUGUAAUAGUUUUAUCAAAAAACUCUAUUUCUGAGGAUUAGUUUUGUUGUAAACUUUUUAUCAUUUUAUAUGCCAGUAGUGUCAAUUUUUGUUUCUUUAAACGUUAUUGCGAUAAAAAUGGAUAAAAAUUAAAGACGAUUUUGCUUAAA